AUGGGAGAAGUGAUCGUCGCUUUAAUUUUUUUCCCCAACUCUUCUCAGUUUGCAGGCCUUUCUGAUAUAUCCAUCUCACAAGACAUCCCAGUGGAAGGAGAAAUCACCAUUCCUAUGACAUCUCACAUUCGGGAAUUUGACAGCUCCACGUUAAAUGAAUCUGUUCAGAAUACUAUUAUGCGUGAUCUAAAAGCUGUUGGGAAAAAAUUCAUGCAUGUUUUGUAUCCAAGAAAAAGUAAUACUCUUUUGAGAGAUUGGGAUUUAUGGGGCCCUUUGAUCCUUUGUGUGACACUUGCAUUAAUGCUUCAAAGAAGCUCUGUAGAUAGUGAAAAGGAUGGAGGGCCCCAGUUUGCAGAAGUCUUUGUCAUUGUCUGGUUUGGUGCAGUUACCAUCACCCUCAACUCAAAACUUCUUGGAGGAAACAUAUCUUUUUUCCAGAGCCUCUGUGUGCUGGGUUACUGUAUACUUCCCUUGACAGUGGCAAUGCUGGUUUGUCGGUUGGUGCUUUUGGCCGAGCAAGGACCAAUAAACUUCAUGGUCCGGCUUUUUGUGGUGAUCGUGAUGUUUACAUGGUCUAUAGUAGCCUCUACAGCUUUUCUUGCCGAUAGCCAGCCUCCAAACCGCAAAGCCCUCGCCAUUUAUCCUGUUUUCUUGUUCUAUUUUGUCAUCAGUUGGAUGAUUCUCACCUUCACUCCUCAGUAAAUCAGGAAAUGGAAAUUAAAAACCAGUGAAUUGAAAGCUCGUCUGAAAGAUGCAAUUUACCAUUGAGCUUUGCCUCUGGCCCUCUUUUGUCUAAUUUUGGAGAUAUUUUGAGAUGAAAGGGGAGCCAUAAAGCACCAUCACCAUUUAUGUAAGGAACUGAUGUUUGAAAGAUUGUCCUUUUCCUCUUAAUGUCAUUUCUUGAAAAUACAUAGUAUACACAGUAUAGUGCUGCCUUAAGGCAUGAGAGGGUCACUGUGGUCCAUUUGAGUGACAACCAAUGAUUUGGAAAGCACAUGUAUACAUCCUGCAAGUUGAGUAGAAUUAGUAACUGUAUUUUCAGUUUUGAGAAUACCAGUUCAGGUGCAGCUCUUAAAUACAUUGCCUUAUGACUAUUAGAAUAUGCCUCUCUCUUCAUAAAUAAGAAUCGAUAGUCUGUAUCCAUUUCCUUUUAUUUCUCUCUUAGGCUUAAAAAGGCAAUGACAGAGGUUGGGAAGGGGGUUCAUAACUGGGUAGGAGAAAACAUGCAUCAUGCAUCAACCAGUGUUCAGAUUUUGACAGGGGAAAAUUCUACACUUGUUGCUUUUUUAAAAAGCAAAGGACAGCUAAAGAAUUGGCUUCUUUAGUCUUUCCAUAUAGUCACCUUUCUGCCAUGCUUAACAGCACCUCAGUGACACUCUAAUUUUUAAUCUUACCCCCCUAGCUCUGAAUAUGCAAACUGUUCACAGUUACCAUAUAUUACUCUAAUUUUUAAUCUUACCCCCCUAGCUCUGAAUAUGCAAACUGUUCACAGUUACCAUAUAAUUUUCCUUUGGUUAAAGCUCUCUGUGGACCAGUGCUCGAACUUACCCAGGUGGAAGACCUCAGAAAUUUAGAUUGAUAGGUCCUUCAUGCAUAUUAUCACGUGGGCACUUUCUUCUUAAUAGUAGGAGGUAGUUUGGAUACAGCAUAGCUCUAAACAAUUAUUCUGCAUAGUCUGGCCUCUAACUAGAAAGUAAAGCUAAAUCAGAAGCCUGCACUUAACCAUGUGAACAUGGAGGGAUUUAGUGUUCUGAUGGCUGGUUCACAAAACAGCUAGAUGCUUAGAGCAUGACGUAGGAUGAGUUGGGUUUACAGCUGUCACCUUUUCAUAGUGGGCUUAGCAGUUUUUUCAUUAGAUGUGCUCGGAUUGGGGAAUAGCAAUUUAUUUUCUUGGUUUUAGACUUUAUUUGUAAAGCUAAUUAAUUCUUCUUUAGACAAGUACUUUUUUUGCAUGUGUGCACCUGCUUGUAUUCUCAGCUAUUUAUACACACAAGUGUGAGGGCUUUUCAGGAAGCAGAGUGUCUGGAAAGGCUGAUUUCUAAGCUAAACUGGGCUCCUUUCAGGUAAUAUGAGCUACUGCCUUCUAUAAAUUGCACAUUGAAGAACUCUUAAUAGACAAAAGAUUAGGAGUCAGGCAGACACCAUCCACUGUAUAUACAGUUACUUUUAAAGAUAGGAAUUUAUUCCACAUUUUUUCUUUAUCAUGGAAUUUAAAUAUUUAUUCAUUUUGUAUCUAAAGACUAUCUACACAUAGAUAUAUAAUUUUAAAAACGUAUUUUCUCCAUUCUCAGCUUAACUAAGAACAAUACCAGGACAAAUGUGUUCUUGGAGUGAUAUUAAAUUACAGAGCGUUACAAAGUUGGUUCCCUCUGUCCCAGCCUUGUCCAGAGUUUUUGUUUAUAUCUUUAUUUCAGCUUCCCUUCUAAAUUUUAAAAUAAAUCUUGUGAGCACAAAGCCAAUGUUUCAGUCUUGAAGUGGUAAAGAAAAUAUUUUGAAACUGGUUCUGACUGGUCCAAAAAUAUCAUCCAUCUCCAUUGUCUGAAAUGUUCUAACUUCUUACCAAAAACAUCUCUCUUCCAAAGUUAUUUCAUACUCUGUCCCAAUGGUUAUAAUGUAAAAUUAAAAAAAUAAUCCUGUUUCUCAAAAGGGAAUUAUCUGCUGGAUUUUAUUCAGGCUAAAUAUUUUGGUCAGAAAUUUUUAGGGCCACAACUGGAGUAGGGGUUGUGUGUGUGUGUGUGGGGGGGGGGGUUAUACAUAUUGGGUGUUAAGGCAGCUUGUUCUGUCUAUUAACCUGUUGCUCUUUGGUGACUUGAAGAAUGGUUUUAUUUGAUUUAAAUGAAAGUGGGUAAAAUGGAGAUUAUCUUUCUUAAAAUAAAUGAUCAGUUUUGUGGCAUAAAUUAUAUUUUCUUAAUAUAUGAAAAAAAAGUGCAUUGCUUUCUGUGGCAGAAGACCUGAUUAUCUGGAAGUUGUAACCCUCAACACAGCUUUCCCUGAUUUGCUGCAAAGGCACAUGGCUAAUUAUAGAAAGAAAGACUAGAAUAGAAGGGGAUUUUAACAAAGGAAAGCCUGUUCCAAGAAUUGGGAAGUUUCAUGCUUUAGAUGAAACUCAAGUGUGUGAGCAUCAUUACCAAAUGUGGUGGAUCAUUGCCAAGUGUGGUGCAUCACUACUGUCGUGGCUUAUCAUUUGCUGCUCUUGCUUCUGAGAUUGAGCCUCCACUGUCAUAUUCUUUAGCAAUAGGAAGGGUAAAGACUGGAUUUAAUCUCUGUUCAGAUUAUAAAAACUCAACUGAUGCAAAUGUAUUUGUGCCAUGUAGUCGUAAAUGUCAGUCAUACCAUUAAUUUUCAAGUCUUUUGCAUCAUAAAAGGCUUAUUACAUGAAUUCAAUUGGAUCUUUUUAUUGUGAUGGGGGUUUUGUUUUGUUGGGCAAGGUGGGCUUGUCACAGAGCAUGGGACUGGUAAGCAUUUAACUGUUUACUAUAUUUGUCUUUUUAUAAAGUAUUCCCCAGAUGUGGUGAGAAGGUUAGCAAGCCUGUAUUUGAAGAUUUAAUUGUAUACUUCUUAUAAGCUAAGUACUUACUGUACCUGGACUUCCUGUUUAUUCCUGGAGAUGAAAAUGAAAAUCUCCUGUCAUUUGAAAUCUUUGGGUAACAUCAAAUCAUUGAAAUUUAUCUGAAUGCUAUCAUGAUAUGAUCAGACAUCCAUUGCAUGCAGCUGUUUUAUUCCAGGUAAAAUACUGACAUUGUUAUUCUUUAUUAGACUGUUAAUUUCUGAGACAAUUUGGAUAGAAAUAAAUGUGUGAAUGUUAAUAUAUGUAAAUUAGAAAUA